CAUUCUUGUAUGUUUGAAAAUAGUAGCGUACCUGAUUCACCUGGACAACUUAACUGCGUAGUAUAAUUUAAAGGACCAAGAUGAAGUUGAGAAGGAUACUCCCCUCAUUGCUUAUAAACAUGCUUGUCUCACACAUGCACGUGCUGGCCCAGUCUGCGAAUGAUCGCGUUUUAGUGCCUAGUAAUUCCAGUUGGAGUUUGGCCGCAUUCGAGGGCAAUGUAGAGUCAAUCGCCGGGCGCAAAGUGGUGUUUUUGGACUUCGAGUUCAAUACAAGUCCACAAGAUAUGGCACAGCUGGGGACCACUAUCGGUGGCUUUGUGAAUGCCAAUCGAUUGGUUGUUUGCGCUAUAUCAUUAGGCGCAGUCAAUCUAGACGACACAGACAUCGCACUCUUCCCCGAUGAAGUACGCGCAGACGAGGUGGCCGGUGCCUUUGACACCCCCAGGUUUUACCUGGAUAUAACGCAAUUAGACCGGUUACAAGACCCCCUUACGCAGCGCAUUACAACCGCACAAGAUGCCGGGUGUCAGGCCAUUAUGCCGCUCCUGCUAGACUGCUCACAGGCAAGCUGUGUCAACUCGACAGAUGCUGACGAGCUUGCGCAGCAGCAGAUGGAUUACAACAUGUUUGUUAUCAGCACAGCUCAGAAUAACGGAGUUUCUGUGGGACUCUACGAUGUGUUGUCAUCGGCCAAUAGCUUGCCAGACGUGUACGACUUCGCUUACAGUCAGCAGUGCAACAAUCCCGACGGGUUUGAUGACUGCUUGGCUCUCUCCCUGUUCAUCACAAUGGACAAAGCGGUCUUUGUAUUAGGAGAUGCUUUGCAGUCGGAUGAUAUCUGUACGCAAUCGGAGAAUCUCACAUUCGGUGCAAAGGUAACAGACGAUGCAAAUAACAUCAUCGACUGCAACGCACCGGAGGACACAUUACCAGCGACCGCUACAGUGGGAGCCUCGUCUACUGACCCAGUUUCCGGGGAUACCGUUGAUGGCGGCGGCUUUGACUGGUGCGGUAACACACUGGGUGCGGUGCUGGUAUUUCUGGUGGUUCUUCUUCUUUCCGGGUGUGCCACAGGCAUAGUGCUGUGCAUGAAGGCUCGCAAUCGCCGCAUUUUGAAGCAGAAGCAAGAGAUGGAGAAGAUGUUCUAUGGCGUCGAUAGCAGAAACGCCAGCAUCAGCUCAGGGAUAGGUGCCAACUCGGCCAGAAGCUCCAACCGCAGUAGCUUGCCCAUGUCCCCGGCACAGAGAGGUGUUUUGCACGAGACUCGCGGGGCUACGGGUAAUGUAUAAGGUGCUGGAACGCUGCCAACUCAUACAUGUAUAUAUAUUAUGUAUAUAUAUAUAUCUAUAUAUGGCUUGUUCUCAGAUACGCAUGCAUCAGCGAUAGACCAGCAAAGAAAAUGUAUGUGCUAUGCUUACUCUACGCCCUGCGAGGCUUUAGUCAAACGAGGCAGAUCGCAAAGCCUCAUGUUGCGAAUUCACGAGCCAAUUUAUCCAUAAUGAUAAUAUAGCUAUAGAUCUAUGGAAAUGCCUAUACUUUCAGCUUGAAAGCUCGACUAUCGCAUGAGAGGCGCAACAGCAAAGCAGGAUCCGAUUGGACGGGGAAGAUAGUAGCCUUCUAAGGAUCAUUGUCCCGGUUUAUUGGCUAAAAUUUCAGAAUAAC